UAGGGACAAAAAACUGUGGUUUCCUGUGCCCCAUCCAGAGCUGUUGUACCAGGUCACUGCCCUCGAGUGUGCAGAGAAGCUCCUCAGAGCCGACGGCGUCUCUUCACCAACACGACCGCAGCGUCUGGGGAAGCUGGUGUUGCCAUUCGGCCAGUAUCAGAACGCCCCCUUCCACUGGCUCGUUGAAAAUCAUGUCGGCUACAUGAAGUAAGCACCCUUGACAAGCACCGAGUAGAAAUGGCCAACCCCCAAAAGAAAGGAGAAGCCAUGAACCAGUGGUUGAAAGACUUUCUGACCGAGUACGCAGAAAGCUUCUCUCAAGUGUCCAACAUGCUAGAGGCCAACAUCGAUCGCUGCAUCUACGGUCAGACGGGGUUUGAGCAUCACACCUUUGAGGAGAUGUGGGACCUCUACAGCAGCUUCUCCAUCCAGAAACGGGAAGCGGAGCGUUUCACUCAGGAGCAGACGGUGAAGAUCCAGAGAGCUCACAUGUCUGUGACGAGAUGGCUGAACACUCCGGUGACCCGCAUCUCAAGUGUGCAGAUGAAGAGGUUCAGGAAAUAUAUCUGUGACAAGAAGCAAGUACGCCACAUCUGUGACGUGUCCAGCUGGUGCACAAUGCUGACUGAGGUGCUGUGCUGCGGGCCGUGCACCAAGGCUGCAAGAGCUGGAGAAGGCGGCACCGUGGGACGGUGGCUUGCGUGGGACCCUGCUAUUUUGUCCCAGCUUAGCGAGGCUCACCAAGCUGCAUUAACUGCCGUGCUCACGGCCAAGACCGAGGGCAACACCAUGGUCAAGGUGUGGAGACAGGUCCAAGAGAACCACGUGGAUGAGCAUCUUCACCAUAAAGACCUGUACAUCACACUCUUGAUGACGUUAGCGAAGCCUGGUGGGAUAGCUUCUGCUUUCCGUCGCAAGUUUGAGCCGCCACCCCCUCCCAGAGAGCUGCCCUCAGCACGGCUCCUUCGCCACGCCUUUCUCCUGGCAGAGGCCCAGGAUGUGCAGGACUACAGGGCUCAGAUCCUGUCAACAUCUGGAACGGUGUUGAAAAUGGACUCGACCAAGAAGGUGGUGAAGAAGCUGUCAGGUGAAGGUAAGGCUCUGCAGAGUGGUUCACCAGCAUUGGCAAUGAGCUCUCGCAGAUUCUUACCUUUGUGCUCACCUGUGAGGAGUCAAAGGAAGCGCCGGAACCAAUGUGCAGCGGCCUGAUUAGGAGGUUUCAGCUGGCCAAUCAACCCGUGCCCAAAAUCAUGUACGCUGACCGCGGCUGUUGCAGGGAGCGCGGUCCGACGGCAGUCGAGACCUUGUUCUGGCCCCGGGUGGACGGUGGGAUGGUUGUUCGUCUGGACAUCUUUCUCUGGAUCCACCGCUUUGUUGCAGCU